GUAGAACGAGACGACGAUAGCGGGGCAGCUGAUGGAGAUCGGGCCGCUGUCCGUGGCGCUAAACGCCGCCCUGCUGCAGUUCUACCACAGGGGGGUGUUCGAGCCGCACUUCUGCGACCCGAAAAGCCUGGACCAUGCUGUGUUGCUGACUGGCUGGGGCGUGGAGAAGACCAUAUUUGGAGAAAAGAAGCCCUACUGGAUCAUCAAGAACUCCUGGGGGAAGAAGUGGGGAAUGGACGGCUACUUCUACCUCAAGCGGGGGGUCGGGAUGUGCGGCAUCAACACACAAGUAGCCACUGCCAUUCUCCAGAAAACUUAACGGUGCACAACCACUGGCAUGGGUCUUUUCCGCGGUAGUGCGCGGUAGGAAAAGUACGGAAAAGGGUUUCAAGGUUCUGAGUUUAAGUUCGCAAUUCGAUAAUCUGCUACGUAUACAGAUGACAUUAAAUACUAACAUGACGACUGAACAGUGUAAGAAGUAUUUUUUGUGAAAAUUGCUUUUUGACUCGAGCCUUAGCUUACUUUCGGGUACGUUUCUGUGCCGAAAGUGGCGCGUCCGUUUGUCCA